AUGAAGUUCUUCAGCCUUGUCGCCAGCGUUGCCCUUUUGACACCCGCCGUCCACGGAGCCUGGUGCACGUCGUACGGCAUUUCGACAAAAUUCGCAUGCGGGAGCGGGAGGUUUCAAUUCUGUUGUGACGCGCCCAACUCCCCGGCAGGAGACUACAACAUUUUUCGAGGCGACUGCACUCGUCCCGAAGGAAACACGCGUAACUGUGGUGAUGGUGGUUAUGUUUCUUGCGUGAGUCCCUCUUCGGCACAACUGCUCCCCCGGUGGUUAUGCAGAGCUGACUUGAAUGAAUUAGUGCCGUUGAAUGGGUUAUCGUAA